AUGGCGAGUCGCCAUUACUCGGCAAAAAACACAACCAAGAAGAUCAGAAAUAUCGGAAUCAUCGCUCAUAUCGAUGCAGGAAAAACCACCACCACGGAACGAAUCCUGUACCUGUCUGGCACCAUCAAGCACCUCGGAAAUGUCGAUGAGGGAGACACCACGAUGGAUUUCCUGCCUGCUGAGCGGGAGCGGGGUAUCACCAUUGCCUCGGCCGCCACCAGUUUCAACUGGAACAACCAUACCGUCAAUCUGAUCGAUACUCCGGGGCACGCUGAUUUCACCUUUGAGGUGAUCCGAUCAAUUCGUGUGCUGGACGGAGCUGUUUGUAUUCUCGACGGAGUGGCUGGAGUUGAGGCACAAACCGAAAAGGUGUGGAAACAGGCCUCGGAGAUGGGCAUUCCCAAAAUUGCAUUUGUCAACAAGAUGGAUCGAGCUGGAGCUGGCUUUGGACGUACUGUCAAGGAGAUUGUGAGCAAGUUGAGAACACGUGUCGCGCUUCUGACCGUUCCCGUGUUUUCCAAGUCGUCAGAUCAGGUGUUUGAGGGCGUUGUUGACAUUUUGAACGGAUGUGUCAUCACAUGGACUACUGGAGGAGACGGAAAACAGACUGUGGUUGUUCCUGUUUCCGAAGCGUCCGCCGAGGUGCAGGAAGAGUAUCAAAAGGCCCGUACUGCACUGGUUGAAACGCUCACUGAACUCGAUGAAGAGCUGGUUGAAAAGUUUCUGGAAUCUGAAGAUUACAUGCAAAUCACUACUGAAGACAUUAAACGGGCCCUGAGAACCGCCACCAUCAACAACGACAUUGUUCCAGUUCUGUGCGGUGCAUCUUUUCGAAACAUUGGCGUCCAGCCCCUCAUGGAUGCAGUUGUCGACUUCCUCCCUUCUCCGGCAGAACGUCCUCCUACUGACGCUUUAAUUGCCAAGUCGUACACUGGAGGUAAGAAGUCCAAGGUCAUUCCGGAACGGGCCAUCACUCUCGACGAUUCGAUGAAGAACCUGUGCUGUGCUCUGUGUUUCAAGGUUGUCCAGGAUCCCCAAAAGGGCACACUUGUCUACGUGAGAGUAUACAAGGGCGAGUUGAAGCAGAACAGUGUCCUAUACAACACUACAUCUGGAACCAAGGACCGUGUUUCUCGUCUGCUCAAGGUUCAUGCUGAUACCACCUCAGAGGUCACGUCUAUCACUGAGGGUAACAUUGGAGUCAUUUUGGGUUCCCAGGGACUCGCUACUGGUGAUACCAUUGUCUGCCACAGUAUCAAGAAGGACGGUGUAAUGAAACUUCCCCCGGAUAACCGUUUGAUUCAGCUCAAGCCCAUCGCUGUCCCUCCUCCGGUGUUCUUUGUUCGAAUUGACCCUGCGUCCAUUGGCGACACUCGACCCAUGAAUGAGGCUCUUGAACUGCUUCUUCGCGAAGAUCCCUCUCUCAACGUUUCGUUUGAUGAUGAGACCAACCAGACCACACUCUCUGGUAUGGGAGAACUUCAUCUUGAGAUUGCUCAGAACCGACUGAUUGAGGACUUCAAGGCCAACAUCGUCAUCGGUCCUAUCAUCAUUUCUUACAAAGAGACUCUUAAUGAACCUACCAAAAGUAUCACCAAGACCGUCGAGCCCGAACCUGGAGCUGUCAGCACUGUUCGACUUCGAUUGGAGCCCAUCACUGAGAUGGAUGAAGCUUGUGAAAACGAGAAUGUGAUUGAUCAUGAACAAAACACAGUUUCUUUCCCUUACGAGCUGUCUGAUGCCGACCUUGAGUCCGUUGGAGAAGGAAACCAGCGCAUCUCGUUUGAACGAGAUACAAAGGAACUUACCCCCGAAAUCAUGGAAGAGUGUUUCCGAGUGGGAUCUAUUCCCCCUCUUGUGUCCUGCGGCCCUGUUUGCAGACUCCCUCUUCGAAGUGUACGAGUUGUAAUCGAAGCCUGGCAUAUCGCGCAGCAUAUUAACAAUACAGCUUCUCUCAAGACAGCAACCCGUCUGGCUAUCAUGGAGGCUCUGUCUACUGCCAACGCCACUCUCAUGGAGCCUAUCAUGAACGUCUACGUGUCUGUCAACGAGGCUGACAUCGGUCUAGUGGUCAAGGAUCUUAGUGGAUCACGAAACGGACAAAUUGUGAGCAUUAUGGACCCCUCUCAGUUGAACGAAGGAGAUAUCCACUCGGAGGAGUACGUUGCAAUGGCGACCAACACCUACGUUCCUGCUGAUUACACCAUGUACCUUUCUAAGCAUCAGGAUCAGACUCGAACCCAACAGUCGGUGGUGCAUGCUCGGGUUCCUCUCCGAGAGAUGGUUGGCUACCUAAAGACUCUGCGAUCCAUGACCCAGGGUCGGGGUAGCUUCACAAUGGAGGUGGAUCAGUACGAGGCAGUUACUCCCGACAAGAUCCAGCCCAUUGUCGACAGCAUUUUUGCUUAG